GUUUCCCUCUAUAUCCCAGCUGUGGAGAAAAUGGCCGCCACGGCGAUGAACGGGGUCGUGGCUGAUGCGAGCCUCACCGAGGCGAAAAAGAACGAGUACUUCAGCUCUAUCAACUCCAUGGCCAGGAAGAUAAUGCAGGAAAGGGAGAGGAUUAAGGAGAAGUACGGCUCGGCCUGGGAGGACAUGUCUCCGGCCGAACAGGACACGGCUAUCGACGACGGGAUGAUGGAGCCGAAGAUCCGCGCUCGCUACGCUAUGCACCGAAUGGACCGCGAAGAACUGGUGUGUUAUCCCAAAAUGCUGAUCCAAACCGGGCAAAAAAUAGUCCACUUCGGAGAGGAGGAUCUGACUUGGCAGGACGAACAUUCUGCGCCCUUUUCUUGGGAGACCAAAAGUCAGCUGGAAUUCAGUGUGAUCACCGGCACUUCCGAACCCGUCUCGUCUUCGUCUUCGUCCGUGACCGAAUCCAAACCCAAAACAUCUCAGAGCAGCAAGCUGCCCGGGAUCGAGGGCUCGGGAUCGGUGCGCCGUGACGAGGAGUCCGCUUUCUGGAAGCUGAGUGCCGAGAGGUCACGCCUGGAGGGCGAGAAGGCAGACUUCCAGUCGCUCACGCCCAGUCAGAUCAAGUCGAUGGAGAAAGGAGAGAAGCCGCUGCCGUCGUACCUGAGGUCUGACUCUGGAUCCAGAGAAGCGCAGGAACCUGCCGCGCCGCGUCCUGUCAAACCGAGAGUGUCUAAACCGCCGGCUCCUCCCCCUCCUGCACCCAUCAGCGUGACCCCGGCACCCCUGAGUGUGAACCCGGUACCUCUGAGUGUUACCCCAGCACCUGCCGCACCACUAGGAGGCUGGGAGAGAUCUCAGAGCACGCUGCCGUCCGUCAGCACCACUCCGGAUGAUGUGUUCAGUCCCGGCCUGGGCACCAAAGCACCAUCGGCGUCGACGAAAGACAGAGAGAAGGAAGACAAAAUGCAACCUGGAAGCCCCACGUUUUCACAAUACAACACGAGCAGCGCCAUCCUGAAGACCGGCUUCGACUUUUUGGACAACUGGUAACAUCGGAACGUGGCCUCAAGCAGCGGAUCCAUUCCAGACGACAGGACCUCCUCUUCCUCCAUCCUACACACACACAUAUAACACAACCGUUACAGAUAAACCCACAUCUUAGAACCUGUAAUAAAGCUACAAUUGGUAUCUCAUAGAGCUGAACUGCUGCUGCAUGGAGAUUAAUUAGUGUUACUCUACUUUAAGGAAUACUUUGGGCACUAACACUAAAAGACAUCCCUGCUGUAGUGGGGGGAAAAAAAAAACCCCAAUAGAAACCAUUACAGAAAUUCUAACGGGUUCCACUACAAAUACAAUUACAAACCAUUACUAUUAUUGGUUCUCAGUGGUAUCCUCUAGACAUAACAUGCCACCAACAGAAUACCAUUAGAGACCCAGAGGGACCGUUAAAACCAAUACUAUUCCCAUUAAAACCAUUACAAAUUCUAUGAGGGUUUCUAUUGUGUGUUUUUUUUUUUUCCUCAGCAGGGGUUUGGUGUGCGAAUUAAGUUUGCUUUCUUUAUUUUGCACAAGCGGAUAUAACUAACGAGUAACGGUAGCAGUUUAGAAUAAAUCAUUACUUUUAUAUUAUAACGUCUUUGAGGCGUGGGCGAGUGUGUGUGCCGCUAACGCGGUAGCUAUACUCUUGUUGAUUAUUAGCGUCGCAAGUUUUGCGGCAAAACUAAAGAAGCGAACUUCGGAUACCAAAUAUGAAAUGUCUGGUUGAUUACGUUUGGAGUCAAAUUUUUGGUCAAAGUACCCUUUGAAUUCCACUUUAGGGCACUCGGUAACAUAAUUGUGCUUAUGAUCAUAUCAGUAACUCUCUGGAGAAAAACUAAGUACUGAUUGUAGCUUUAAAUCUAGUAGCUGAGCAUAAAAAUACGAAUGUAUUCACAAUACGGCAAUAACAGAUGGGUAACGAUGAAGGAACAAAGAUUACAACCCAAAAACAAAAGUUUAAAAAGGUUAUAUUGACAGGAUACGAUGUGUAACGUGAUCGUGUGAUGCUAGCUAGCCUGCACCAGCUUGUUGGCAUGUUAGCAUUUUAGCUCAAGAGGCUGUUCUGACGUUGUGCCUUGUCUUCUGCAGUUCCUUUUCUUUCAUUUUUUUUUCUUCCAACUUUUGUUAUUUAGACCUGAGUACUAGUGCUGCAAUGCUUUAGACAGUAGUUAUCGAGUUAUUGAAAGGAGGAAAGAUUAGCAUGGUUUUUAAAAACAAAACAAAAUGGCGCAUUUUACACUACGGUGGUUUUCUAGACUUUUUUGAUACACUUCCUGUCGUUUAUGCCUUGUAUCGUGUCGUGAUCAUGUAUUGCACUCGUGGGACCCAUGUUAAAUAAUGUAUUUAUGAUCUCAAAACAAUACUUCCAUUUUC